AUGGCACCUCCACAUGCCGAAACAAUUACACCUCAAAGUAAUUAUAUUAGCCAAGAAGAUUUUGAAAAACGCGUACAAAAUGGGCAAAUACUUAUAAUCUAUAAUAACAAAGUUUAUAAAUUGAAUAAAUGGAUAAAAUAUCACCCAGGAGGAGAACUUGCAAUCCGUCAUAUGAUUGGUAAAGACGCUACAGACGAGAUAAACGUUUUUCAUCCUGAAUAUGUUUUUAAGAAGAAGAUUAACACUUUUUAUAUCGGAGAAUAUGAAGAAAAUACUAACCUGAAAGAAGAAAAAUUAUCAGAACAAAAGUUAAUAUCUCAAACUUAUCGUAGAUAUUAUUUAAAGCUUCAUGAACUAGGAUUAUACGAAUGCAAUUAUUGGAAUUAUUUUUAUGAAAGUAUUCGUUAUAUUUUCCUGAUAAUUUCAGCUUGGAUAUUGGUUAUUUAUGGAACUCAAGUCUGGCAAUAUUUGUUAAGUGCAUUUUUCCUUGGAUUAUUUUGGCAUCAACUCGCGUUCACAGCUCAUGAUGCUGGUCAUAAUGGAAUUACUCAUAAUUUACUUGUAGAUAAUCUUAUUGGAAUAUUUAUUGCAGAUUUUAUGGGAGGAUUAAGUAUUGGAUGGUGGAAAAGAAAUCAUUAUGUUCAUCACAUUGUAACAAAUGAUCCUGAACAUGAUCCUGAUAUUCAACAUUUACCAUUUUUUGCCGUUACAACAAAAUUUUUUAAUAAUUUAUAUUCAAGUUUUUAUAAAAGAACUUUGUAUUUUGAUACACCAGCAAGAUUUUUUGUAAAAUUUCAACAUUAUUUAUAUUAUCCAGUAUUGUGUUUUGGUAGAUUUAAUCUUUAUGCAUUAUCAAUUAAUUUUUUAUUUAAUGAAGAAAAUGUAGCUUUUCGUAGGUUAGAAAUAAGUGGUAUGAUAUUUUUUUGGUGUUGGUAUACUUAUUUAUUAUCAUUAUUACCAUCAAUAUCGACAAUUGUAUUAUAUAUCCUAAUUUCUCAUAUGGUUACAAUGAUUUUGCAUGUACAAAUUACAUUAUCACAUUUUGGAAUGUCAACGGAAGAUUAUGGACCUUUAGAAUCUUUUCCAAAAAAGAUGUUGCGUACUACAAUGGACGUUGAUUGUCCUUGGUGGAUGGAUUGGUUUCAUGGUGGUUUGCAAUUUCAAGCUAUUCAUCAUUUAUUUCCAAGAGUUCCCAGGCAUAAUCUUAGAGAUUGUCAACGUUUAGUUAACGAAUUUUGUAAAGAAGUAGGAUUAGAAUAUCAUUUAUAUGGUUUUAUUAAAGGAAAUGGGAUCGUACUUGGAGCUCUUCGUGAUGUUGCAAAUCAAGCUGAAUUAUUAAGUAAAGUAGUUAAAUCUCAUAAUGAUAAACAUUUACAUUAG